AUGAUAUUGGAAACUUGUCAUCGAGCAGGUCAUCUUACUAGAAUACGUAUGGAUGUGGAGGAGAACUGUCAGGACAGGAAAUGGUUCGGGGGAGAACAGUCAGAGGGAGGAACUGCGAUGUCAGUGUGGAGUUAUUUUACGUCAGAAUUGACACGAGGAUAUCUGCUGGAGAGAGAGGAGGAGAAAUAUGCACAGAAACGAGAGAGAGUUUAUACAUUCAUGAAAACUCCUAGAGAGCUUGAAAAGUUUAGUAUUUACGGAUUUUUCCAGUGUCUGGAUGCUUUUCUGUUCAUAUUCACCUUCCUUCCAUUACGUAUUCUGCUUGCUGUGUUGAAAAUAUUUACUCUACCAUGUGGCUUUAUGAGGUUUGUAUAUUUGGUCAUAAACAGCAUUAUCCAGCCUUUUUUAUUCUUUUUGGAACAUAACCAACAAAAUUACUUCUAUAAAUAUGCAUCUUCAUUUGCAUUUACUGAUCACUCAGACCUGGUAUCUAGACGUAUGGGUCUGACACCACUACCACUAGCCUGUCUAUUAUACAGAAUACUGAGUAAAUCUGUACCUCUAUCUACAUACAUGGACUUCACUAUAUUGUUUCUUCUCUAUCUAUGUUUGAUGUCUUUUAAAGUGUUCAACAGUAUAGUCUUACUGGGACAUUCUUACAUGGUGAUAGAAAAUUAUGAUAAAGAGAACCAUUCAGCUUCUUCACCCAAUGAGGAUCAAGAACAGAAAACAGAAUCAACCAAUCAGAGACCAGCAUCAGUUGAAGACCAUGCUCCAACAUUGUCAAACCAAAAAAUACAUGAACGGACAGCAUCUUACGAUGAAAAAAUAUCCAGAAAUUUUAGUCAAAUAUUUUCGGCAGAUUCUUAUACAGAACUUACGCAAGUGCAAUCUGAUACAGCCAUAGAGCAAACUGGUGGAUUUUCUUUAAAAGGAGCAAAACUAGAUUAUAAUGAGAGUAAUGAUGAUGUACGAAGCGCUCCAAAUGAUAAUAAACCUGCAUCAUAUGUUGAAUCAAAGUCACCUGACCUCGCUGAAAAGUCCGUUUCCUGUGAAAAUAUAAAUAUAUCUUAUGAGAAGCAUGAUGUGACAGGAAAGGAAACAAAUAUUACCCAAAAUGCAUUGGGAGAUUUACAAUCAUCCAAUGAGAGUCUUUUAAACAUGUCAUGUGAUCAUUUAAAAAGUUCCCAGAAUUCCGUGGGAGAAUCAGGCCCAGCAGGUGAUAGUCAAAAACAGUUUCAUACCCCUUCCAUUUUUCAAAGAUCUCACAGAGGUAUUUUUAUGAAUUUUGGAGUAGGAAAGAGGACUGGAUCAACGAGGUCACUUCCGGAGACAGUCGGUAUACAAGAGUGUUCAGAACAAGAAGAAUGCAGUCCUAUUGAGGAAAAUGUGUUCACCGAUAAAACUGAGAAGGUAGAAUGAUCUUCAUUGCUUAAUAAUUGAUAUAUUUUUUUUCUUAUGUUAUUGUUUUUUUUUUAUCUAGGGAUGUCAGUGGUAAUGGGACAUUGAUGUUUUGAUUCAUCUGUCAAUUCUGUAAAUUUUGUGUUGAUUGUAUAAAAUACAUCCUCAGUGGCUAUAUGAUGUUUGGCUACAUAAUUAUAUUGUUGUAUUGAUGACUUGAAAAAUCCUUAAAAUCUUAACAUAUUAAAUCUUGAAGAAUGAUAAUUUCUUAAAGAAAGUCAUAAUCUCGUACCCAUUACAAAGAUUUGGAAAAAAAAAAAAUAAUUAAAACAUGAAACUGAAAGCAACAGUCAUAUACUUUGAAUUUGGUCUCGUAGAUAAAUGUAGUUGAAGAUGUGCUCGAUUUUAACCUUAGAAUAUAGGAAUGAUUUUUAAUACUUAAGACAAUCCCUAGCUAUUGUAAAAUAUUUUUGUUACUAGAAACUCUAGUCUGAAAGACUUCAAUAUUUGAUUGUUAAGGAUGUAUGAUAAAAUUUGUUUGAAUGUGUUCAACAUGAUGGUUUAUUUAGGGAGUUCUUAACUCCCUUUGUGUUUUUUGUUGAGCUUUAACUGUUAUCUUUGUCUUCAAAGAAUUUAGAUAUAUAAAGAUAGUCCUACAUUUUCAUGAUGAAAUCUGGCUGUAGGCAACGUUGAAAUGUUUUGACUGUUUUGUAGCUAUCAUGUUUCUGGAAUAUAAUUUUUGAUUUUUUUUUGAAAGGUUAAACUUUAUACUUGUAAAGUUCCAUAAAAAUAGUCUUUUGACAUGUUUUAAAUUUGAGUAACAGUUGAAAUGAUAAUUAUUUGUUAUAUAUAAGUAUGACAAUUCAGAGUCUGAUAGCUAGCUACUAUAUACAUGUACAUUUAAAUUUCUAAUUUUUAUGUGGUCAUAUUUUAUAUUUUUACAUAGAAGUAUUCUGUUAUCAACAUUCCAGAAACUGUGUUUUAGAAAUUUUAAGAAAAAAUUAUUUACACCAUAUUUAUACAGGCAUCUUGAGAUAUGUAGACACAAAAAUGAUAAAAGACCUCUUAUAAAGAUGAAUUUCAUAAAGUCUCAAGUUCAUUUUUGUACUUAGUUGUGCUUAAUCAUUUCUCAUCACUAGUUAAUAUCAUUAGAUAGAUUCAUUUUUAUUCCAUUUAAAUGUUGCCAUGAUUAUGACCAUUAUUAUUCUAUGACCUCUAGUUUAAAACAUCUAGGAUUUGAAAUUAAGGGAUGAUAAUGAAUUGUCUGAAUUAUAUAUGUGCAUUUAAGAUUAAUUUUCGAAACUUUUGAAGGCAUAAACUUGCAACAUGUCUUCACGAUUAUAUUUGACGAUCACUAUCCAAGGCCCAUGACUAGUAUAGAUUUUGCACGGAUUUUGACUGAUUUAUGGCCCUUUGUAAACUUGACGACUGGCUUUUUUUUCAUGUAUUUAAAUGAAAUCUUCCUUUUUGUUUAUUCCUUUCUAAAAAUUUAAAUUAUUGAUGCUCUUUGUUUCACUAUUAAACACAGAGGAUAUAGCCUAGUGUGUUGUUUCACUGACUGCACUUGUGUAAUUUCUUUCUAAAAUGUUAUAAGAAAGUAAGUUUUGAAUUGAUAUAUUUUAUAUAUAGAAUUAUAAGUAGAAUGUUAGGUAUUUAGAUUUGUUCAUCCAUUCCAUAAUUCCUACUUUAACAUUGGUCAAAAAGUCUUUCUAGUCUUAAAAUCGCCUUGCAAAUUGUGAAUGUUUUGUUUAUGCGUCACAUGUGGCUCUCCAGUUCUGUAUAUAUUGAAUUGCAUUGUCAUGAAAAAGGAUAUAAAUAAUGCAUGUAGUUUAUUUGGUGUUUUACAUGCAUGGUGAUAAAAUGCUGCAGAUGACUUAUCGACUGGUAAAUAUUUACUUAUUAUUGCUUUUGUCUGCAGUUAAAAGGACAUGCGUUUCAAAGGUUUUCAACCACAUCUUAUUUUUAACAUGAAUGAUGGUAUAGUAUAAUUCAGUCAAAAUGAAAUAUUUUCUCUUUAUAAUGUGAACUUUCUUGGUAAAGGGUCACCUUUUCAUUUACUUGUGUUCAUUUGAGCUGGGCAUUAAGGUACGAGUCAUCUAUGGUUUGAUUCUCAAUCUAAGUGCAAGUGUGAUGAGUCAGUUAAACUUCUGUGAUCUUCCAAGCCACAGACUGCUCACCUAGUGACCUACUGUGUAAAAAUACAUUGUUAUUAAAAUAUCUGUAAAAACAGAUAUAAACAUUUUAAUAAAGUUAGUAUUAUUUAGUUAAUGGCAAGUUCUAUAAGGGCUACUUUAUAUGCUUAUAGUCCUUGGAAGAAAUUUUUAUCACACAAAAAAACAUCUUUAUUGACUAAAAUAAUCUAAAUUCAUGAUAAAAUGUGCUGUAUACAAUGCUUUUUGAACAGUAAUACCUUUGUUUUGAAGGUUAUAUGUGGCAAAACUUAUUACUGUAUUUAUUAUAUCUACUGACCUGAAAAUUCAUUGAAUGAAAAGAUUAUCUGUAAAGUGUACAUAAAUGGCAUAUUGAAAAGAAGAAUAACAGAUUGGCUCUGUUUACCAAAUGAUUUACAGUGAUAAUGUGCUAUGAUUUUUUUUUAUGGUUUUGAACCUUUUUGCUGUUACAUAUUGCUAUACAUUAUUAGAUAGAUCAGUUGUUUCAUAGCAUACUUUCCAUUAUUUGGUUUCGUUUUUCGUAACUCUUGAUGGGGUCUCCUAUUCCAGAUAUGUGUAGGUGGGUGAAAUUGUUUCGAGAGAGGCACUUCAAGUGCUUCUAACAUCAUUAAGGCUAGAGUUCCACCAUAUGAUUUACAAAUAAACAUGAUGCCAUUAGUGCUUAAAACCUUCACAAAUUAUGUUAAUACAAUUAAUAAACAAUCAAUAUUUAUUCACCAAAUAAUGUAUUAUAUGUAUUUCAGAUAUUUGCAUAGACAUAAAACAUUGUUUGAAGAACAAUGCAUAUAAAUAUUGCAUUAUCUAACAUAAAACUAACAUUAAGUGAAUUAUUUAUUGAACAUCAAAAGUUUGUUGCAGAGUUUGUUAUAUUGACAUUUUCUUUAUUUUAUAUUUUGUAUGAUAUUAUAUGUCAUUGUAUUCCAUUUCAAAGCAUAACUAAAGUGAAUGCAAGUUUGAAGUGUAUUCGGUCAACAGAAUUCAUGUCAUUUUAGCUGAUAUGUAUUUUAUGUUAGAUUAAAAAAUUAAUCAUGGUAUAAAUACAUUAUUUUUUUCUCUAUAAAAUGAUAUUUAAUUUCAAACUUUGCAAACUUCUGUCAAGUCUGUACUGCCAAUCAAUGCUGGUUUUUGUUGCAAGUGUCCAUUUUUUUUAAUUAAGUUACAUGUUAGUUAUUUUGAUUUUUCUGGAAUAUGAGGUCCCUUUCAAAAAUUUGUGUUGUUUUAUCUGUCUAGGUUAACGUUAUUUCAAGCUGAAUUUGUUAAAUUGCUGUGACCAAGUCAGGAUACUUAUGCAGGAUUAAAAAAAUCAUUAGUGUACUGUCUAUCUAUUAUCCUCACAUUGUUUCAUGUAGUAGUUACUUGUACUUUACUUGUAAAGAAAAUUAGACCGGUGCUUUAAUCAGAGUCUUUUGUUUAAAUCUUGCUUAAAUAUCAUUUAUUUGAUUUGAUUGUAAUUUAUUAAUGUGCUUUAUGUGCCUUUGCUUAAAACAUUUCUGGUGUUCUAGAAUACAAUAUUGUUAGAGACUGUAUACAUGUGCCAUAUAAUAAAAUGAUUUAUUUAUUUGUGAAAUUGUCUUCCCAGUGAAAGAGGACCAAAUAAAGCUUUUACAUGACUUACAUUA